AGUUUGACAGACGUCAAAACUGCUGUCACAACAGAAACGUUUUUUUUUCUCGAUUGCAUUUGUGAAAUUAUUUAUUAAACAGAAGAUGAUCUUUCCAAAAAACUGACUGAUUUCAUAUACAGAUGCAUGGAAAAUAAAAAAAUCCUGGUGAAAUUACUGAGGAGCUCAGUAAUAGUUUGAUUGCAGAGCAUGCUUAAUGGAAGAGUGGUAUGUCUAAGAGGGUUCAGGUGUCUCAGAUCAAAACGAAAAUGCAGUGCCCAGCAUCAGAUCACAAGAUUAAACCAUCAGGACGAAAGCCCCCAGCAUGACAGUUUGGGAGAGGCAGAGGACGCUGAACCGAAUUUCGAUCUGUACCCUUCACAUGUUCCGACAUCAUUUGCUCAAAAAGUGAUUUUGGGCCUUGGAUCAUCUGUUGUUGGAUUACUAGAUCCAACUAGAGCUGAUAUGGUUGCUGUUUCGGGAGAGACAACAGGAGCUCUAGUUCUGCCAUGUCUGCUAAGCAAAAUGCAGCAGCACCCAGAGGGCAGAGAAAUACUUAAGGAUCGACCGAUCAUCAACUCGGGCACGGUGGACCUGGCUGCACUCUCGCGUCUGCCGGACGGCACCCUGGGCCGGGAGUACAUCCGCUUCCUGGAGCAACAGAAAGUGACACCGGACAGCCGCGACCCGGUGCGAUUCGUGGACGACGCCGAGCAGGCGUACGUGAUGCAGCGGUACCGCGAGUCGCACGACCUGGUGCACACCCUGCUCGGCAUGCCGACCAACCUGCUCGGCGAGGUCACUGUGAAAUGGGUGGAAGGUCUGCAGACCGGUCUGCCCAUGUGCGUCGGAGGUGGCCUACUGGCGCCCCUCAGACUCAAACCAAAACAUCGUCAGCGGUUCCGUACCGAGUGUCUGCCCUGGGCUCUGCGGGCCGGCCGCGACGCGCGCUUCCUGCUCUCGGUGUACUGGGAGCGGCGCUGGGAGCAGCCACUGGCCGAGCUGCGCCAGGAGCUCGGUGUGCCGCCGCCCCCCGACCUCCUCCGCACGGCACAGAAGCAGCAGCCGGCGACAGAGGCGCCGUCGGAGCCCGCGCCGCCAGAGCCCGCGCCGCCAGAGCCCGCCGCGUCCACCCACUGAGGUGACGGGCCCCAGGCCUCGGUGGGCGGGGUAGUGCGAGGGUGCUUUGGCCGAUGUAGUGGGGAGGUGGGGUGAAGGGGAGGUGCUUAAGUGGGGAAGGUUUAAUCAGCAAGCGGCUCUUUGAUGAUGCGUGAGCUUAUAUUCGCGUCUCCCCCCCCCCCCCUCCACACACACAGACGGUCAAGUGAUGAUAUUGUUGCCAGUGAUGAUAUGCUUGUUAGUGAGUAUUUUUAAGUCGCAUCACAAUUACACUUUCACGAUCAAAUAUCGGAGCUAUAGUAGCAUCAGUGAUAUAUGUGAAAACGGAUGCUGCAGUUCCUUUACGACAGUCUUAGAAUGAAGGAAGGGUGUUUCGAGUUGUCAAAAAAGUCGUCUCGCAAUACUUUAUUGUUGAGCCAAGGACAGUCAUGCAGCUCACGAGUUUCAGUUAUUUUGAUUACUCCCCCGUUUAAAAUGAAUAAUACAUAGGUCGGAAAUGUUUGCGUUUUAAACAACCAACACAAUAUCCUAAGCUUCAUUUUGCCAACACAAGUUUUAUAUUUUUAUGGGAAUCGGUCAUGUUAUGUCUGACACCUGUUAUUCUUAAACAUUCAGUCAUGUCAAAAUACUGUUGUUUUUCGUGAAACCUUUCGUCUUCUUAUUGCCGUUGGUGCAUAAGCCCGUGGGGGCGUAGCAACAAUUUGAUUGUGCUGGCUCAUACAUUAAGUGCGAUUCACGGCUUCACGACUUUUGUUGCUCUUCAAAGUUGUGAAUAAAGACCAACGCUAUAACUCGCUUCGACUUGUUUUAGAUACGUUAUAUACCUAAAUCGACUAGAAUUAGGACUCCUUUCGAUACAAUAUACGUUUUCGCAAUACCA